AUCCGUGUCCGCGCGGCGCAGGGCCUCUCCUUCCUCGGCCCGCUCGCCCAUCCAUCACUCCUCCGGUCCUCCCCUCCCCGGUCGCCGCCGAGUCAAAAAGGGGGAAGCUUCUCCCACCAGAGUCCCCGACCCAUCAACAACUAGUCGCUGGUCAAGCAGCACCAACUCUAUCCUGCUCCUCCCACUUCGCGAGCGGCGAGGAGGAAGGGGAAGAAGCCAUGGAUUCCUCCGGAGGCGGCGGCGCGCAGAUCAAGGGGAUGGCGACGCACGGAGGCCGCUACGUGCUGUACAACAUGUACGGCAACCUCUUCGAGGUCUCCUCCAAGUACGCCCCGCCCAUCCGCCCCCUCGGCCGCGGCGCCUACGGCAUUGUCUGCGCGGCUGUUAACUCGGAGACAGGGGAGGAGGUUGCGAUCAAGAAGAUCGGCAAUGCGUUCGACAACCACAUAGAUGCCAAGCGAACGUUGAGAGAAAUAAAGCUGCUUCGCCACAUGGACCAUGAGAACAUCCUUGCUAUAAAGGACAUAAUACGGCCCCCAACUAGAGAAAACUUUAAUGACGUGUACAUUGUUACUGAGUUAAUGGAUACAGAUCUCCAUCAGAUUGUACGCUCGAAUCAGCCAUUGACUGAUGAUCAUUGCCAGUACUUCUUGUAUCAGUUGCUACGAGGGCUAAAAUAUGUGCACUCAGCAAAUAUAUUGCACCGCGAUCUAAAGCCAAGCAAUUUGUUCCUAAACGCAAAUUGUGACCUCAAGAUCGCAGAUUUUGGGCUCGCAAGGACCACUUCGGAGACAGAUCUCAUGACAGAAUAUGUGGUCACUCGUUGGUACCGGGCACCAGAGUUGCUGUUGAACUGUUCACAGUAUACUGCUGCCAUUGAUGUUUGGUCAGUUGGAUGCAUACUUGGUGAAAUUGUUACUCGCCAACCCCUGUUUCCUGGAAGGGAUUACAUCCAACAAUUAAAAUUGAUCACUGAGCUCAUAGGGUCACCAGACGAUGCAAGCCUGGGUUUUCUUCGAAGUGAUAAUGCUCGAAGAUACAUGAGACAACUGCCACAGUUUCCAAGGCAGGACUUUCGUUUGCGCUUCUGCAACAUGUCUACUGGUGCAGUCGAUUUGUUAGAGAGAAUGCUUGUGUUUGAUCCAAGCAGACGGAUCACUGUUGAUGAGGCUCUGCAUCACCCCUACUUGGCUUCUCUUCAUGACAUCAACGAAGAACCCACCUGCCCUGCACCCUUCAGCUUUGAUUUUGAGCAACCAUCCUUUACAGAAGCGCAUAUAAAAGAACUCAUCUGGAGGGAAUCUCUAGCAUUUAAUCCAGAUCCUCCCUACUAAGAGGUAAGAUGUUGAGAGUCCUACAUGCCCCUUUUUUUGGCUUUGGGUGAAUGCAGAAUAAUUUACCAGCUGAAGGCAUCUGAAGAUCUCUAGCGCCAGCCGACUCGAAACUUUUUUUCUCGUGCAUCAGUUAUAUUUACGCUGCUUGUUGGACAAACGGGAAUGGAUUAUUGUUGCCGUAGCAAAUUCUCCUUGAGGCCUGUGAGAAGAAACAACUUUUGUAUUCCUUUUCAGAUGGCCUGCACCCUGGCUUGUAUUAUUAUACAGCUUGAUUUCAUAAACUAUUCUUAUGUAUCUAAGCUUGUAAUUUUCUAGACAAUUACUUGAACAGCCCGUGUAUAUCUGAGUUGACAUCUAUUCUCAAUUGUAUCAUCUCAAACAUGUUAAA